UUGAAGAAAUGCUGUGUUGUGGAUAAACAAGCAAGCUGAGAUGUGUCAUAGACAUGUACUGGAGUUAAACUACAGGGUCCCAUGAAAGGAUUUCCCAGUGUGAUUGGCUGCAUAGAUGGCACACACAUUCCCAUCACGGCUCCCUCACAUAAUGAAGCCGAUUAUGUGAAUAGGAAGUCCAUUCACAGCAUAAAUGUGCAGAUCAUAUGUGAUGCAGCCCACAUCAUUUCCAAUGUGGAGGCCAAGUGGCCUGGGUCUGUUCAUGACUCGAGGAUAUAUCGCGAGUCUAAUCUGAUCAACAGACUGCAACGUGGAGAGUUUGAUGGCCUUCUGCUGGGUGACAGGGGUUACCCAUGCCAACCUAGGCUGCUGACCCCUUACCCUGACCCUGAACCAGGCCCCCAACAGAACUUCAACCGGGCUCACUGCAGGACGAGAGCCCGGGUGGAGAUGACCAUAGGCCUACUGAAAGCCCGUUUCCAGUGCCUACGUCACCUCAGGGUGACCCCUGAGAGGGCCUGUGAUAUUAUUGUGGCAUGUGUUGUUCUUCAUAAUAUUGCCACUAUUAGAGGAGAGCAACACCCUGCCCUACAAAUUGAAGACCCUGAUGAUGACCCCAUCCACCUGCCAGCUAUCCAGGACGGCAGAGCAGUCAGAGACACCAUAUGCCAUAAUCACUUUAGAGUUUAA